AUGGUUGCGGCAAAGUCUAAAUCGACCGAAAGCCAGAUCUUAGACAUUCCGAUCACAGACUCGGACCGAGAGAUACUGUUAGCGGUCGGCAAAAUCAAGCGACAGAAACAGAGGCCGUCUGUCGACCGGUUGUACAAUAUUUGCAGCAAAAUUAAGGACACGUACCCACAGUUCGGCUCCAAAGAUGGCAUACAAAUCAAACUCAAUGAUAUGAUUGAGAGAAAUCUGAUGGCAAAAGUGGAUAACGAGAAGGGAUCUACUGUCUUAGUAUCGUAUCGGGAGAUGAAUUCGGCCAUCGCUGUCGUCCAGAUCACGAAUCCCAAAAGAUCGCGCGUUAAGCCUAAUCCCAAUCCCAGCGGCGAAUCUGCCAUCACUUUUCUUAAUGACAUUAAGAGCAAAGAAUCGGAUAAAACAGACUCUAAAGAUGACAUUACCAAAACAGGCGAUGAAAACAAUACAAAGUCUUCUAAUAAGUCUCGUCCGUCGAAACCAAAGAAGAAAUUGGCGUCAAAUGAGUGCAAGAAAGUGGAGUCCACUUCCGCUUCCAUUAUAUCUCCAAAUUCCUUCCUCAAGAGUUCAUCACUCGAUUCGACAAUCGAUUCGGUAAUCGAGAGUACAGUUAAGAGUUCUGUCCUCAUGUCUGAAGAUAAGGAACUCUUAGAGAUCGAAACGAACAAAAUUAUUGAUAAUCUCUGCAAUAAACCCGUCAAAAGGAAGUCAACUAAUGGCGAAUCGAGUGCUCGAAAGCCACGCAAGAAGUCCGCCGAAGCUGUAGAAAAGCCAACGUCUACUCUGAUUAGCAUUGAAGAGAGUAUUCAAACAGUUGUGGCCAAGACUUACAGUCCAUCGUCUUCGUCGUCGUGUUCAUCAUCAUUGCCUUCAUCUUCUUCAGCGACAGUCGCCGACCAAUGGUGUGACACUCGGCCCUCACAACCGCCCUCAUCGAGCCAUAAGUCAUCGCAACCACACCACCACUCGACCCAUACAUCGCCCAAAUCUCACAAACACUCGCAGCCGUCGCACCCCAAGUGCGGAAUGUGUGGCAACACCGCCGGUGAUAACGACGAACUCAUCACGUGUUCGCUGUGCGGAAUGUCCGGUCACGCCAUCAGUUGUCUCAACUGUUCCGAGCAAUUACUUAAACGAAUCAAAGAGAGCGCCCGAUGGGAGUGUCCUAACUGUAAGAAGUGUGUCAUAUGCGGCGCCCCAGACGUCGAGCUCAUCAUUUGCAACGACUGCGACCGCGGAUACCAUUCCCAUAAGUCUCUGUCCGGUGUAGUGGUUGUGUGUUUGGCAGCACAACAACAAUAUACAGCCCAUAAUAGUUGUUAUCAUUGGCGCCAACAGUGA